UGUGUGUGUGUGUGUCUCAAUGGGGGAUCAACCUUCUUUAUUUAUAGCACACUACUUUGAUAUACCUGUUUGGUGAGUUCAGUUGAGAGAGGCAUCUGACAAAAGGGAAGUGUAUCAGAGUGCGAGUGCAGAUUGCUUGUUGCUUCUUGCUGUCAAGUUCUCUCAGAGGACAGGAAGUGAUGCUUCGCUGGGUCUUGCUUGCUUUGUUGUUUGGCAUCUGUGCUGGUGCCGGAGAACCUAAAAAAAAGAAAGUGAAGCCUCAGUCCCUGUCAAGAGGAUGGGGGGAUAACAUUAGCUGGGUGAAAAGUUAUGAAGAAGGCCUGGCAAAGAUGGCGAGUAGUCAGAAGCCCCUGAUGGUCAUCCAUCAUCGAGACGAAUGCCCGUACAGUCAAGCACUGAAGAAGGCCUUUGCUGCUCAAAAGUCCGUUCAGAAAAUGGCCAAAGAGGAUUUCAUCAUGCUCAAUGUGGUGGAAGAGACUAUGGACCCGAACAUGGCACCUGAUGGCUACUAUGUUCCUAGAAUACUCUUUGUUGAUCCGUCUAAGACUGUGCGCAGGGACAUUGCAGGAAAGUACAGCAACCGCCUCUACACCUACGAGCCCAGUGACAUGACAUAUUUGGCCAAAAACAUGAAGAAAGCCAAAGCUCUGCUGCAUGUUGAACUCUAGCACAGUUCAAUCUGACGUCACAUCUCUCUGCAUCUUCCAGUCAUGCUGGGCUGCCCGCUCAGUGGUCAGCACUGAAUGUUUACAUGCUGCUCAGGGCUCAAUAAACCCAAAAUAAAUCA